AUGAACACGAAGAUACUGUGUUGGAUUUUGCUUUUUCAUGCAAGUCUUCAGCUCCAGUGUGACAAAAGAGAGAUAAGAGCACAUAUCGGAGGUGAAUUCAUUCUUUUCUGCAAGUAUGACACAAACCAAUUCCUGUACAGUAAAAAGUACUGGUGCCGAGGGGGAUCCAGACACACCUGCGAGAUUGUGGUGGAUUCAGAACAUGUUGUUGAAACCAGACACAGGUCUCAUGUAAUAGAUUCAGGAAGAAGAGGGCUGUUCGUGAAAGUCACAGGUCUCCGCUUUGAUGACGCUGGAGUCUACUGGCUUGGGAUUGACAAAAUAUAUGCUGACAUCAUGACUUUAGUUAAAGUGGUUGUCACUGAAGUUCCAGUGUCUAAACCUAGACUUUGGCCCUUGAGCUCUCUGGGGGACAGGCCAACAUGUUGGGGCCAGCCAGUGACCGUGCGCUGCGGUUGCACGAAGGGCACUGGCGUUCGUUACGCCUGGUAUCAACGCACUCACCACCACAACUCACUGCUUCACACGUCGUCGGACUUGUGCCUCAACUGUGGCACAGUGGAAAAGGAAAGCGACUAUUACUGCAUUGCCAGUAAUGACAUAAGCAGUCAGGAGAGUGAUACCCUCUCUGUGCGGGUUCUGAUGCCGGCAGACAGCAGCUGUAUCUAUGUUGUUAAUAUGCAGGGCCAACCCAUUUAUGACUGCGCAGACAGAAUGAGCACCGCCAUGGCCGAAAGUCCACCUCCAACCACCUGCCAAGCCGACAUGAAAAUCCACACUGGCACAAGAAACCAGUCUUUACAAACCAACGAAACUCAUCAAGAUCUGUUUUUCAACAGGGUAUGGACAGGGGUGCGUUGGGGUUCCUUUGCGUCCUUGCUGAUAUUUCUGUGCAUAGUUCUUAAAUGUACAAAAACAAGAAACAAAAAACGUGCCAGGAAGAAGAGGAAGGUUCAUUUCAAGGAAAUACGCCAUUUUGCACAGUGACCUACAUUUUACAGUGGUAGUUCUUUGUCAUACCAGCCUAUAUAUAGAUAUAUACAUAUACAUAUAUCAGUGACAUUUUUUUUGUGUUUUUAUAGUUUACCAAGGUUCUUUGGUAUCAAGUGAUGGUCUGUGAAGAUCCUGGGUCACACUGUAUGUCAGUAUGUUUAUCAGGGUGUCUUAUUAUCAAUACAGAUUGCUUUCUAAUGCCACUACCAAAACACAGCCUUGACCGCCAUCACGUUCAAACUAAGCGGGUCUUGAUGACGCAGAUGCAGUUGUAUGCUGGCUUUAUUUUGAUACAUACAUGAGUGUCAUUUUGGAGACAGGUCAGUGAAGGAGUAUGUAAUAUAGUGUAUAUAAUGCUUUGCAAUGCUUUGCAUGCUUUGUUGUGGCUUUUACUUAGUGAGUGUUAAACAGUUACAGGUACAAGUUGGGUGUGGAAAUUUUACGAGUGACACACCUGUGUAAACGAGGAUCGUUUCUUCAGCAUAUAAAGUCAUUCAAAUACCUCACCCACAUAUUGUAAACUAAUCUCUCACAUAAAACGAGUUAUCAGUGACGAGCUGUUUCAGGAAAUGGGAAGAUAUUAUAGUGUUAGUUAGUUUGAUAAAAAAUUCCAAAGGUUGACUGAGGAAUAUGUUCAGCUCUAGACACAGUAUACUAUAACUACAACAGCCUCAGCUCUCAGAGAUAUUAUCCUUCAACGUGUGAUGUAACUGUGAAAACUGGUCCUGUAGACAGUGAAGGAGACUGAGAUUUGGAUUCUAAAAUGUGGGCCAAAUUUAGAAUUUAAACCCCUUUCAAUUACCAGAAUUCAUUCAGGUGAAUACU